AUGGCACUGAGCUCUGGUGGAUGGGCUCCUACACCCGUGGCAGCCCCGUCCCAGGUUGCGCACGGUGGGCCUCCAAUGGCUAGCUGCAAUACCGUUUUAAUGUCGGUACGCGUGUCUGUUUGCCAUUCGGGUAUUCGGCCGCUGUGUCUCCCUGGAGCUGGUGAUGAAGCUCUUCGUCUUCAGCUUAGCAUGGACCCUAGCCGGGCUGGGGAGUUUAGGCUAGCUCUCCGAGACUCAAGCAGAAGCGGCCGCAGUGUGUUCAUAGCCGAGUUUGAUCUGCGCUCUGUGCAGUAUGAAAUCAAGUCUCCCCGCUGUCAUGAGAUGCGUCUGGCCACGCCUCCACACGACUGCAUCCGUUUCAACUUCCGCUGCGACAGAGAGGCUCAGGAAUGGGCCACUGUGGUGAUGUCAUCACUCAGAGAAGCUCACAGAGUGGCAAACAGUUCCCCUCAUCCUCUGGAUGACAAGCCGCAGAAGCAGCAGCAGCAGCACACAGCUGCCAUAGAGCAGUGGAGUUCAGCCUCUUUACCCCUCACUGAGGAACUGUGCUUAGAGCUGGCCCGGGCGAUCGAGGCAGGCGACACCCAGGCCGCCUCCCAGCACGCGUCUUCCCUGGCCCGGCAGAAGCCGUCCCUGACCAUCCAGCUGUCUGAGAGGAGCUACACUGACGGAGAGAUCAGUUUAUCCGUGGCCGUGGAGGACGUUUCCUCUUCCUGUUGCGUGACGGUGAAAGUCUUCCCCCACAUGACCGUUGCGGCACUCAAGCAGCAGGUGUUCCUGGAGUAUGGCUUUCACCCCCGGGUGCAGCGCUGGGUGAUUGGCCAGUGCCUGUGCACCGAGCCCAGGUCGCUGGCCUCUUACGGGGCGCAGAAGGACGGGGACACGGCCUACCUCUACCUGGUCUCCGCUCGCCACAGCCGCCUCACCCGCCAGCUGUUCCAGCAGGACCAGGAGAGCGCCCUGCUGGCGCCCCCUCCGCCCCCCAGCAACGGGCCCGCGUCCCAGGACUGGAGGGGCUACAGCACCCUGCCCUCCAGACUGAGCCACAGCAGCCAGGGGAGUGGAGGCGGGGCUGAGAGAGCGGGUGCGGCCGAGAUCAGGGACGCCCUCAACCUGGAGACGCUGCAGCUGAACGACAAACCACCCAGUAAGAGUGGCAAAGCCCAGACUGAAUGGGCCUGUCCCUCGUGCACCUUCAUCAACAAGCCUUCUCGUCCAGGCUGUGAGAUCUGUGCUACGGCCAGACCCGACACGCGCAAGGCCCGCAUCCAACAGGAAAAGGGACGGAAAGAGGACCAGGGAGAGGUAGCUGUACAGAGUAGCUGACUGCCCGUCGCCCAGACCGUCAUUCCCUGAACAGAAGCCCGACGCACAUACGCACACACUCUCUUUGUUUCCUCUCUCCCUCGAACACAAAACUGGAGGCGGUGUCGCAGCCAGGAUAAACCCACAGAACUACUGACCAUGUACUCACCCUCGUGCAGCGACAGGCCUGCUGGCGGUCAGGUUGUCACGAUGCUGCAGGCUCCUACUGAGCUACGGCCGGAAGGGUGUCAAGAGGAUGCCUCCGUGUCUCUCUCUCUGAGGGUCACUCUGUCUCCGGGUGCAGACCGUUUCAAUAUUUAUUCUAAAGGGGUGGGUCGGGGUUGGAUGAUAUGUGCUGUUGCCUAAGAAGCAGACUAUCCCAAUAUUUAUUUUAAACACAGAGGGGUCGAUGCCUCACUUCUCUCCCCUCGUUUUAACACCAAUGAAGAUGAGAGGAUGUCAUACGACUAGUCGGCUGAUGAACAUUGACAUGCUAGGUGAGGUGAAGAAAGAAAAAG